AUGCCAGGCCCGGACAGCAACGCAGCGCACAAUGCCGUCGAACUUUCCACCAUUGAAGAGGCCGCGCCGACAGAGGUGGAAGCAGCCAUGAUCUACCAGCCGGAGGACGACCCCGAGUCUGAGCCUGACGUGCCGCCACACAUCACGCGUCGUCUCUACGUGUCUCAUUCCUUGUCCACCUGGAACUCAAGAUCGUUUGAAUUCGGCGCUGUGUUGUUCCUGGCCACUAUCUUUCCAGAAACACUCCUACAGCUAUCCAUCUAUGCUCUUUUACGGUCUGCCUCUGCUAUCGUCCUGGCGUCAAGCAUCGGAUAUGCAGUCGACCAGAGACCGCGACUUCCUGUUGUCAGGUUCUCUAUCGUCGUCGCACGCAUCGCUGUCCUUCUGUCGUGUGUUGGUUUCUGGGCACUAUCCACCUUUCACGCCAUAGCGACCUGGGCAAAGUUGGCAAUCUUUUCCAUGCUGGUCCUACUUUCAUGCGUUGAAAAGCCUUGCUCGAUCCUCAACCUCGUGGCUAUCGAGCGCGACUGGGUGGUCGAAAUCGCUCAGCACGACGAGCGGAGUCUGCAAAGUCUCAAUGCCAGAAUGCGGCGUAUCGAUCUCGUCUGCAAGCUUGGAGGUCCUCUGGUCAUUGCGCUCAUCGACGGAGCAUCGAGAAAUGCAGCCAUAUUUCUGGUCUUUGCGACAAAUGCUGCUGCUGCUCCGAUAGAAUACUUUGCCAUAGCCCAGGUCUACGACGGAGUUCCCCAGCUACAGGCUCCAAAGAUCCAAUCUGCUUCGAGAAGUUCCGAUCACACCGUCCUCAUUUCCGCGAAGCAACUACUGGCUCCAUUUCGUGAUCUCAAACAUUACUGCCAGCAUCCAGCCUUCCUACCAUCUCUGUCGUUGUCGCUCCUCUACUUUACCGUCCUUAGCAUGUCUGGCCAACAGAUCACAUACCUUGUCUCGGCCGGCUACACGUCAUUCGCCAUCGGUCUUGUGCGUUCGGUAUCCACCAUGUUCGAACUGUCCGCGACCUGGAUUGCUCCCCUGCUGAUGCGCAAGAUCGGCGCAACCCGAGCUGGCAUGUGGUUUCUGAGUUGGCAGGUUACUUGGCUUGGCGCCGCGGUGAGUUUCUUCUGUGUUGAGAGGAAGCCCAUCGUGGCGGCUUCGGGAUUAGUGGCCGGGACGAUUUUGAGUCGCAUGGGCUUGUGGGGCUAUGAUCUCUGUGCUCAGUUGAUCAUUCAGCAGGAAGUCCAAGGUCCCCAUCGUGGCUUUUUCUCCUCGACGGAAGCAACACUGCAGAAUCUAUUCGAACUGCUCUCCUAUGUUACGACGAUCGUCUGGUCAUCGCCACGCCAAUUCCGAUAUCCGGUCCUAUUGAGUACUGUAGCAGUAUACACGGCGGCAGGGCUGUAUGCGUAUUCCCUAAGGCAAAGGAGGGGCCAUUUGGUACACCUUUCGGGGUGUGUGAAAUGA